CUUGUGAAACACGAGUAUCGACGAAACAAGUAAAUAUAGUAGAAUUGUGAUAAGAUAGCAAAAUAUACGCAGGUCUGAAGUAUACAUGGAUAUUAGUUUACACAAUUGAACAUGUGGUAGCAGAAAUAUACACGUUGCAGUUGAUGUAUAUUUCACAGCAGCAAACUUAUUUUCACAAAUAUUUUUUUUUUGAAUAUUUGUUGACCGUGAAAUUUCUUUGAGUGCCUGACCAGGAGAUUUAAACUUUUCACGUUGACUUUAUUCUUUUCUGGAAAAUUUAUAGAAGUGUCUAUCGAUAAUCUGUGGGAAAGUGGGGUGUGUGUGCGAUGUCCCUCCCUCAAUUCGGAUACAACUACCCUAACACAACUUUGUCUUCUCCGUCACAGAUUCUAAUGUCGACCCCCACCACUUCUACGCUAUCCUCCGUAACCACGUCCUGCUGUGAGAAUGGACGUCCCAUAAUGACCGACCCCCACACCGGACAGACGGUAUGCUCCUGUCAAUAUGGAUCCGGGCUCCUCAGUGCCUACUCCCGGGUCCCCUCCCUCACCGAUUCAGUCUACAGUGCCGGACCCUACGGUUCACAGAGCUACAUGCCCCUGGGGACGGACCCUUCAGCGUUUUAUUCCCCACUGAAUUCUCCAUAUGACCUCAAGGACGGUUCGGAUGCUGCUUGGCGGAGCCUUUCUCAGCCGUCUGCCUGUUAUCCUUAUGAUCCCGCCAUGGCGGCAUAUCCUUACGGAAAUGCUUAUGGCGGAAUGGAUCUGAACGGAGCCGCCAGACGAAAGAACGCCACAAGAGAGACAACAAAUACGUUAAAAGCUUGGCUCUAUGAGCACCGAAAAAACCCUUACCCCACAAAGGGGGAGAAAAUAAUGCUGGCCAUUAUCACCAAAAUGACGUUAACCCAAGUCAGUACCUGGUUCGCAAAUGCUAGACGACGACUUAAAAAAGAGAAUAAAAUGACUUGGUCUCCAAGAAACCGAUGUGGGGAUGGUGACGAUGAAAACAGCAAUGACAAAGCCGACGACGAUGACGAAGAUGAGAAAAGAAAGACAGACGAAAAUAGCAACGAUCCCAUAAAACCUAAUGAAGAAAAGGACAGUUUUGAUAUUUUGAAAGUGAAAAAUGACCAGGAUGCAGUUAUUGAGGAUAAUUCAGUCUUUGGCGAUAAAAAUAGCAUGAUGAGCACACUGACACCUAUUGGGGUAGUAGACAGUAUGCCAGCCCCCUCGAUGUCUACCACAGAGCUUAAACCACCAAUAAUGGACCAUAAACGUCUAGAAUCCCCGUGUUCUAACAGCAGUGACUCUGGUCUCAGUGACAUAAACACUUCUCUAACCUUGAAUGCUUCCAAUAUGGAUGGAGGUGAUGGUCUAAGACCCCGGAUAUGGUCUCUUGCGCAUGUUGCGACCUCUAAUACUGGAUGCACAAAUACUACCUCCCAAGUAUCGAACGGAAAAGACCAAAACCUUCCUUUAAAUUUCUCAAAAUUAGGUUCCCCUUCUAUGCCAUCUUCUGCAUCGACUAUGAGACCAUGGAUGGACAAUACGUUUUCUAUAGGUUCGUCAAUGUUUUCUACAAGUUCUUCUCCAGGUUACACUAACCUCAGUGCCAACAAUGGGGGUGGAAUGCUUGAUAAAAGUUCGCCUUUGUCUGGACUAUCUGGAUCCGGAUUUAACGGACUUUCAUCCGCCGGAAGUUCUCCGAUUCUUCGUCCCUAUCCCUCACUAUCAAACCUAUACUCACCGGCCCGUGACGUUGGAACAAGGGGUAACGAAAGACUGACAAACCCAAUUGGGUAAUUAGAAUUUUGUUUAUCUACGACUUUCAAAUGUAUAGCAAAAUUUCAAGAUGUUUGUAUAAAGAUGUACAACGAACUUUAGAAAGAACAUGCACAUUGAUUCAUUUUAUUCAUUUAUCAGAAAGUGUAGUUACUGUAUUUCUUAUGAAAAGAACUAACAUUGAUUUUUAUUACUCAAGAUGUAAUUUAUUAUGUUGGAUUACUUAUAA